GGCUGCAAGGAGGGCGGGCGCUGGAGGGGCCGGGCCAGGCCGGGGCGGGAAGAGGAGACCCGGGGCCUCCCUCCCUCCCUCCAAGUGCCACGGCCGCCCAGGAUGUUCCCAUCCCGGAGGAAGGUGGCCCAGCUCCCUUGGGGGGACAGUAGGUGGGGAAGUCUUCUAUGUUCCUCUCCUCUCUCCCCUCACUGCCCCCAGAAAGAGCUUCCAGUGCUGAGGAGAUUGUCUAGAAGUUCCAACCUUCCUAGGCAUCAUUCAGGACCUGCACUUGCUCCUCCCUGUAGGAGGCCAACUCAGCAUGAUGGUAGGGGGUCUCUCCUGCCUCGGAAGUACAGUGUGUUCCAGCUAUUCUUUGCAUGCCUGUUCCUGGCCUUCCUCUCCUUGCUCUGGUUGCAGCUCAGUUGCUCAGGUGACAUGAGUCAGGCAGGACAAGGGCAGGAGCUUGUCAGCCCUCCCAAGGCCUGCCCCUUUGAGCCUCCAGUCUCCGUGGAAGAGGAGCCCUCCUGGGGACCCCACCGCCUUGCAGUGUUGGUGCCAUUCCGUGAACGCUUUGAGGAGCUCCUGGUCUUUGUGCCCCACAUGCAUCACUUCCUGAACAAGAAGAAGAUCAGACACCACAUCUUUGUGCUCAACCAAAUAGAUCAUUUCAGGUUUAACCGAGCAUCGCUCAUCAAUGUGGGCUUCCUGGAGAGUGGUAACAGCACUGACUACAUAGCCAUGCAUGACGUGGACCUGCUGCCCCUCAAUGAGGAGCUGGACUACAGCUUUCCUGAGGCGGGGCCCUUCCAUGUGGCUUCCCCAGAGCUGCAUCCCCUGUAUCACUACAAGACCUACGUGGGUGGCAUUCUGCUUCUCACCAAGCAGCACUACCAGUUGUGCAACGGGAUGUCCAAUCGCUUCUGGGGCUGGGGCCGGGAAGAUGAUGAGUUUUAUCGUCGCAUUAAAGGAGCAGGUCUCCAGCUGUUUCGUCCCUCAGGAAUCAAAACUGGAUAUAAAACAUUCCGCCACCUACAUGAUCCUGCCUGGCGAAAGAGAGACCAGAAACGCAUUGCAACUCAGAAGCAGGAACAGUUCAAGCUGGACCGGGAAGGGGGGCUGAACAGUGUGCGCUACCAUCUCGAUUCUCGUACUCUGUUGUCAGUAGCUGGAGCACCCUGCACAAUUCUUAACAUUGCUCUGGACUGUGAUGCAGCUGACACACCCUGGUGUGCAUUCGACUGAAGGGCACAUGACUGGCACCGUCUCAGUCUGCUUGGGGGCAUCUGACCCCAGGACAGCGCUGUUGCUGCUGGAGGAAGAUCUUCAGUAGAUGGGGCUGAAGCUACGGUAUGCUUAGGACACAGCACCCAGUUAGUAUGGCCCGGCUUCAAGGAGACAGAGAUCAGAGCCACCUUGGCCCAGCUACAUAAGCUGUGCUUUUUCUGGAGACUGAUGCAGCCUGACAUAAAGGUCCAUGAGGACUCUUGGACCAGACACUCAGUUGUUAUCCCUGCCCUAUGGGCAGUAAGAAGAGAUUGGACUUUGGAAAGAGGCUGGGGUGCAGAAUCUUGACUCUUUGGUUCCAUGGGCUGGUCAUACCUGAUCUUCUUCCCCAGCAGGAGGCUCUUUCUGCCUUUUGGCUUCUUUUGCCCUUGUGCUCAGUACAGGUACUUGCAACAGUAGGUGCUUAAUAAACAUUUGAGUUUGGGA